UAGAAGUUCAGCGGAAGAAAAGGAUGAAGAAAACACGCCCCAGCAGUUAUUUAAGGACCUUCAAAAAUGUACAUCUCCCAGUGAUGUACUAGACCUUGCAUCAAAAUUUCCAGAUGCUCCAAAGUACGCCAGUACCUGUCUUGCCACUAUGUGGACGCUCACAAAAAAGCUCUCGGAAGAUCAGAAACAUUAUGAGAGACGGUUGAUGUUUGAGCACCCUCAGUUUAGCCAGCUCUGUCAGUGUGCGAUGCAGGAAGCCAAAUACAUGUGGCGGGAUGACUUGGCAUGCAGCCUGCUAGCUGUGGGGAAACUGGGAGUCCCACAGAACACCUGGUUGGUUCAGACCUUGCUGAGGGUAUGCCAGAACAAGAUUUUGUAUCACAUAGACCAACUUACUGUCCCAAAUGCUCAGCACAUGUUCAGCCUGCUGGCUGAAAUGAAUUACCGCUCUGUUCCAGUCCUGAAUGCCUGCAGUAACAAAACAAUAGAGAAUAUCCCUGGAACUCCCUUUCGGCGUCUGCUGAAUAUUUUGAGGUCUUGCAAAGACCUCCUGUACCGCAACAGCAAGCUUUGUUCUGCAAUAGCGGAUUAUGCAGCAUCCGUCUUCUAUAUGCGGGACACAAAGCAGUUGACAGCUAUGACCGCAUCUAGAACACAAGGAACACUGGGCACCUGUGGAAUGCGAUGACAUCAGGUGACAUCAAAAGAGGCAGUUUUUCUGUUGUCUU